UCGCAAUGACGAAGGCAUCGGAGAAACAGCGCCAUUUUUGCUUAGCUAGCGCCUCUGUCGGUGUGUGGCAUUGUGUUAGAAAUCUGAGUAGAAAUUACUUGCAAUAAUGAGGGUAAUUGUGAAAUUUUGGGGGGAAUAAGCCCAUAUAGUGCCCCGUUUGCAUAAGGUGCAUUUGACCAGCUCAAGAUGUCCUCAGAGAUGCUCAGCGUUCCUGCUGGCACGAGCAAGCUCGAUGUGUUGGUGACCAAACUGCACGAAUUCUUGGCUCAUGCUCCAGAGGAUGAUGAGGACAGACUGGUGACAGAAAGUCCUGUUGGUAUGACAAACAAGGACUGUGUGGAGCCACACUCAACAGACCGAACCCCUCUUGAGACCUCAACAGACACCUUGAAGCAGUCUGGAUGUGGUUCCAGGAGAAAACCUUCAGUUGUGAUUAAACACAGUGGACUGGAUGAAUCUGGUGCUUCAAAUGAAAGUGAUGAUGAUGAUGAUGGCUUGAUCAUCAAUUCAAACGGUUAUCCUGAUGUAACAAGAUUACCUAAAGGCACUGUACUGGUGAGGCCUGAGCCAGUGGAAAAUGUCAGAGAUGACUUCAGAGGUCCCGAAUUCCGUUGCGGAAAAUCUGGCAAUCUGAAGAGAGCUUUUUCUAGGAGACGUGGAGGUGGUGAACACUUGGAGAUUGUUAGCUGUACAGCCUGUGGCCAGCAAGUUAACCACUUCCAGAGGGACUCCUUCUAUCAGCAUCCAGUACUCAAAGUACUUAUUUGCAAGUCUUGUUUCAAGUAUUACUCAAGUGAUGAUAUCAGCAAGGAUUGUGAUGGCAUGGAUGAACAGUGCAGAUGGUGUGCAGAGGGGGGAAACCUGAUCUGCUGCGACUUUUGCCCCAAUGCCUUCUGUAAGAAAUGCAUUUUGCGGAACCUGGGGCGAAAAGAGUUGUCUGGCAUCCUGGAUGAGGAGAGUAAGUGGUACUGCUACGUAUGUAGCCCAGAGCCUCUUCUGGACCUGGUUGUCGCUUGUGACAACGUCCUUGACAACUUGGGGCAUUUGUGGCCAGACCACCGCAAGAGGGGCAGGGGCGAGGGAAAAUCUGGACAUUAUGACUCCCAUCCAAGGCAUUCUCAAAACAUUCCCGUGGGUCAUUGGAACCAUAGUGGCAUGGAUGGUCACGUUGUGUUCAACUACAACACCCUUCAAAUUCCAGAGGAGAUGGCCAAAAAGGCUAAAAACCUGGUGGACUCUACAAACACUGUAAACACAACUUUUGUGAAGUUCAUUCAAGGUGGCAUGCAGCAGAAACAGACAACCGAGUUAAAACUACAAUACCUGAAGACUUUCCAGUCAGUACUGAAGGGUCUGAAGAAGUCUCAGACGGCUCUGGAGGAAGCCCUUUUGGAGGAGUUCAGAGAGAUGGGUUUGCCAAAUGGUGGCGAAAACCCCACGUUUGAUGAUACUGAUGUACCUCAACAAGAACAAGAGGAUUGUGUGGAAAUUGACAUUUCUGAUAAGAAUGGCCUUCAUUACUUAAAGAAAAUUGCAGCUGAACAUUUGGAAGAGAAUGAUUCAGACUCAAAUGGCUUUAUGGAUGAUGGAAGGCCUUCGUCCUCAAUUGAAAUGAAAGGUGUCCUUGGCACAGAGAUAAUUCCCAGACGAGGUAGAGGCAGGCCGCGGAAAAACUCAAAGCCUGGAGAAGAUGCUUGCAACGUGACAAAACAACUGGUGGUGCAAAUUUCACCUGCCCCUGUUGAACAAGAGCCACUCUCUGGCCCCGCAGAGUUGGAGGUGGAAGUGGAGUUGGAGGCAGAGGAGGAAGAGGAAGAGAGAAAAGAAAAAGUGGAGGAACGGGAGGGAGACUGUGAAUCUAUUGAACUUGUAACAGAGGGGGAGUAUGAAUCUGCUGAGGGAAGCGAAUCUCUGGAACUGGAAGAGGAACCAGACAAUAGACGCUCACCUCGGGUAAAGACCACACCCUUGCGCAGGCCAGGUGAGGGCAAGACCCAGCCGACCCCCUCGGGUGCAGACAGUGAGAGUGACUCGGACCCUGACACCAGCCCCAAUGCUGAAGUGCCUCAAGGAGCUGACGAGGGAGGGCGUGGGAGAGGAACUGAUGACUCUGACUCCGAUGAGGUCCCAGCUGUCCUCCAGCGGGCCGCCAUGACGCGUAGUUCAGACGAAGCCGAGAGUGACGAUGGAGACCAUCGGAGUGUGACCAAGAAAUGCCUCUUCGGCCUGAAGAAGAACACGCCCCUCUCUCCAGAAAGAGUUGUCCGCAAACGCAAGGUGCCAGACCGUUCCUCUGACUCUGAUUCCUCCAGUGACGAUCCGGACCUGCAGAAGGAGAUCAAGACUAUGACCAGGCCCAGGGGGAGGCCUCGGAAGGUUAAGAGAGAGGAUGAACCUACCCCCAGCAAGGAUAGUCCUCAACAUAGGCCUAGGGGCAGACCUCGGAAGGUCAAGAAAGAGGAUGAAUCUACAUCCAGCAAGGAGGAUAAUACCCAGGCAGCCAAGCCUCAAAGCACACCUCAAUCCGAGCAUAGAAUGAAGCAGACGCCAUCCUCUUCCAGUCAAGAAGAGGGGGACCUGGACUCUGAGUCUAGCGAUGUCAGUGGUGACCAGAAGAUCAAGCCUAUCACUGAGGAGGUGGCCUUACUGGGGGCAGCAGCUUUCCACCAGUCGUCCGGCGAUGAAGAGCAGCCCCAGUCUGGGCCUUCUUGGGCAGCAGAAGAUGAUGACGAUCCAGAAAAUAGGUAUGGUUCAGAACGAACGGACAUAGCGUUUGUAACACACCCUAGGCGCAGGAGAAAGGCCAUGCCACGGAACCCUAAGUUGAGUGCUAAUAAUGGGGACUCCUCUGUUGUCAAGACCCUGUCCCAAUCGAACCAGUCUCGUCCAACUCGCAGCUGCAGUGAGAAAUUGGAUAGCCAGAGUAGUGAUAAUGAUAGCCAAUCACCGCAGGAAGAGUCUGGUAUGAGUGAAGAGCUGAGCCAAUCCUCUACAUCAUCUACCUCUAGAGUCGAGAGGGAAUCAGUCCGUAGUUAUCUACAGAAGAAGCAGCAACCCUCAUAUAUUGUGCUGUCUGACUCCAGUGUCCAUAAGAGUGACGAUGAAGAGAAGGACGGCGAGGAAGGGGACAACAAAGGUACACCUAAGGGCCGCAAGAAGAUCCGCAGGAUCAUCGUGAUUGUUUUUGAGGAUGAGGCUUCUCAUGUGGCCUGUCCCAUCACCACUAAGCUGGUCCUGGAUCAGGAUGAGGGGACAAAGGAGCCACUCAUCCAGGUGCACAGGAACCUGGUGACCAGGCUCAAGCCUCACCAGGUGGAUGGUGUGCAGUUUAUCUGGGACUGUUGUGAGUCUGUGAAGAAGGCCAAUUCAACCCCUGGAUCAGGCUGCUUACUGGCCCACUGCAUGGGCCUAGGAAAGACACUGCAGGUUGAGGUUCAGUCAGACACUAUGGAGGAGAAGAUCUAUGACCUGCAGGUGGCCAAGCAAUCACUGUGGUAUCGGGUGGUGGACCAGCAGCAGAUACAGAGACACUUCACACUGUUUGAACUGACGGCGCUCUACAUGUUUGAGCCAGACCUGCUGGAUGACCCCAACUCUGAGAAGAAGAGCAAGAGGACCACACCCCUGCUGCCCAAGGACAUGGUGCUGGCAGAGCUGCUGCAGAGCUGUAAAGGGCAGAUUGUCUGCUACCAUGAACACGAGUCCCUGCUGGACCACAAAGAGGAGGAGGAGCUCAGUGAGGCUGACCGCAAAACUGCCUGGGCUGAGUACGAGGCAGAGAACACAGCAACACCAACGUUCCCAGCCCCUCCACCUCCACAACUCAGUCUCUCAUCCCUGUACAAGAAAACUAAUGGGCAGCUGAAGAACAUGAUUUAUUCUAGCUGUGAGAAGGUCAACGAGGCCAUCAAGUCCCUGCAUUCCUUACUGAACCUCUCCCUGGAUGACUAUGUGUUGCGCUUGUGGCAAGAUAACCCAAGUCUAGAUGAGAAACAGGUGAGAGCCCUGGCCCAGACCUGGAAAACGAGCAAUGACAAGGAGCGGGAGUGACGACUGGCCUUACAUCACGACCUCCUCGCAAAACAACAAUCAGUAAGCCGCAAUUCUCAACAUUUUAUUUUUUCUUUCUGGUUUUGAUAUGUCUUUAACUUGUAACUGCUUAACCUUACAUCU